AUGGCCUCUGGGAUUGUCGUUGAGGAUGGUGAGGUUGAAGUCCGGAGGGAGGGUUUGAGGUUGAUAGAAGGUUGGCAGAUGCGGCUUAGCGUGGGCGGCUCCGGCUGGCAUCGUCCAACACUAACUGCCGCACCUCAGCAUGGAGCCAAGCUUCUUCAGACGUCCGUCGCUUGGGCAGCGUUAUGCUCUGUGUCAAUGCCUCCUGUUUCUCCUCUUGACAUAUCUUCUCUUGUCAAAGAAUUCUCCCUCUAUUUCUCGUUUUGUCUGUCGCUCGUCCUAAACCCUCCACCCAGCUUUCGGCGACGAAAGAGCUGA